AUGCAUACAGCCCCCAUCCCUCGUCGACGGGCUGCUAGCCAGGCUCCUGGGGAUUCAUCGACCUCAAUUUCAACAGGUUUCUCAGGUCGGCAGCAUUCACCAUCACCUCUUGAUGCUGAAAAUGUACCAUUGAAACGGCCAUUGUUUGGAGCCCCUUUCCAGACCGGCCGGAGACUUCGUCUUAAUGGAAAUGUCACUGGCGGCAAAGGUCAUAAUGUGAAUUCCGAAAUAAACUCGGAUCGCACCCGUUUUCUUCCAACCUCCCGAAUAACAGGGCUACCGGCGUCCGCCUCGGCCUGGCACUUGGAUACUAGUGGUUCUGCUAACCUUUCUAUAAUGACUACGAGCAGCACGAGUUGUCAGUUCAGUGGUGGACACAAUAUAGGACGCUGCAGUCGACCUGAAGAUACUUGGUCUGCCGUUUUGGGCCCAGAAAGAUCAAGGCGGUCCGCUGCUGGAUCAGCUUCGGUUUUUGCCUCGCGACGUCGUUUUCGCCGAGGUGUCGUCGAUGAUUAUGACGAAAAUCAACGGCCAACAACAGUCCAUGACGAGACUCCAUCUGGUCGCCAGGGCUUUAUUAACCGGCGGUUUGGUACGCUUUCGCGCCUAGGCCGGUCUGAAACGACAGUUCCUUCGAACGAAGGACGUAGCAACUCGAGAUUCAGAGAGAAGGAGAAGGAAAAGGAAGAGAAAAGUGAUAAGCGUCAAAAAGUGCGAGACGGCAGUGCUGUUCGAGACCGUCGAAAGAUCUCAGGCAGAUCAAUUGAGAUUAGUUCUCCUAUCCUAGAACCGCGUAAGUCAUUAAAAGGUAAAGACGUUAUAUUUGAGUUCCAUUGUUAUAUUUCAUCGUAA